AUGAAAGCUGCUCUAGUGUUUGAUAGUGUUAAUGAUUUGGUGUUUGGAAAAUGGGACGAUGUUUUCAUUGAGCGUAUGAAGACGUUUAGUGUUCAGGAGAAUCAGAAUGAUGUUACAGAGAACAAUACAGUGUCUCAACUUCUGGCCCCUAUAAUAACAUCCCAGAGAGUGAUGGCUGCACAGUUUGGCAACACAUACUCAUCCAUGCAAUGUAAAGACAAGACAACUAUAGUAUUUGAUGAGUGGCUUGAUCACGUAUUUGUAAUAAUCAGUGAAGACAAUGUUGAUGAUGCUCACCGAGAACUGUUAGAUUUCAAAACAUUUGUUCAACACAUUUGCGGCCAAAAUAUUAAUCUACUACAUUCCUCAAUAUAUCAAGAUUGGCUCUCAGUUCUCUUGGAGAGCCGCACCAAAGGUGACACAAUACCUGGUGCUAAUGGUGUGAUUGGAGAAAGUGGUGCCACCAUGGCUGCUCUAAAUGCCCUCAAAAGUGCUUCCAAAGACAUCAAGCUACCAUACCAACACAGCCAUUUAAUGUUGUUUGUAGGAGACAAGCUGCUAGCAUUAUAUUCAAGUCGCGGAAGCGAAGACUUGUCACCGCCUGAUUUAAUUUUACUAAGCAUUCAAUGCAUAGCUGCUCAAGAGUACUGGAAAGAGGUUGGCGAUGAAGACUGUGAUGAAAACGAUCCUCAAAUUGUCCGAUUACCUUGGUUGUCAACGGAAAACAGUGCCGUCGUGAAUCUAUGCGCGGGACCGACAGGCAGCCCUUGUGCUCCACAUUCCAUACACCUCGCUGAAGUCGCACCCAGAAUCACAUUCGCUGUCGUUGUUGAUAUGGAUUUGAGGGAAGUUGGUGUUUCAGCUUAUAUGGCAAAUCAAAUUCUCUCUAAUUUAAGAAGACUUUUGCUGCAAAGGAACUUGGAGCUGUUGCCUAACACUCUUGAUUCGUUAGAAACAGCUUUAAAAAAGACAACAGACGCACUUCGAAAAAACAAAGCAAAUGCCAAUUUGUGUGCUCGUCUAACGAGUCGUAUGCUGGAACUGCGCAAAUCUUGUACUACUACGACUCCAUUAACUCCUGAGACAACAGCCACGGCGAUGCACACUGCACUUGAAGCAGUGAUCGAACAACUGAAGCCAGACAUACCAAGUUUAAAGAUGGAACAACCAUUGAAGAACUUAAGAGCAACAUUAUCUCCCUAUGUGGAGUUCCUUUGUGUAAAAGCAAAGAGAUACUUCAGCUUGGGAUCGAGCACGGGCGAGUCAGAUGCGAGUUGUUCCCUAACGCUGCACAAGUAUGUGGAGGAGUUCCCCGGCCUCAUUCACUUUAUCUACGUGGACCGUACUGCUGGAAGAUUCUUGGCUCCCGAUAUGGCUGAUUGCGCUGACAUGCUGGCACCAGAAACGGUGCGGCGCGCGGUGUCCCGCAGCCUGUGCGUGGUGCGCGAGGGGUACUGCGCGGGCACGUGGCGGCGCGGCGCGCUGCACGCCUGCGCGCUGCUGUGGUGGGAGCGCCGCGCCCAGCCCGUGCGCCCGCCCGCGCCGCCGCACCCCGCCGCCGUGCGCGCGCUGCCCCCGCCCGGGGACAUACAGGGCUCCUUCUACAGGCAACUAACAGAGCUGGCGUUCCCGGGUGACUCCCGUGGCAUUACAGUGAAGGAACUAAUCUGCAUCCACUUGGGCCUGUUACCGGCAUCCACCGCGGUGCAACAGGCACGACGCCUCGCACACUCCGUGCACGAAUUGGCUGGAGAGAUGGGAGCGGGAGCGGCCGAUCUGCUAUAA